AUUCAAACUAAAACAACGGUCGACUAAAUAUAAAAGCACUCUGUUGAGAAGCAGCUCACCGAUUCUUUUCUGUUUGCACAUCAAUAGUAGAAAAUUAUCUUGUUUAAUGACUGUCAAUUUAAACAGUCUAUUCUUCUUCAAUCUCAGCAUUGCAGAUGGAUAUGCAGAGCAGUUCAAGUACAUCGACACCCUCAUUAGGGCAUUUUCUCACUUUAUUGUACAGUGUGCAUGCAACGCUUCUUUUGGAAAUGAGUUGGGGCAUUUUCUCACUUUAUUGUACAAUGUGUAUGCAACGCCUCUUUUGGAAAUGAGUUGGGUAUUUAGGGCAUUUUCUCACUUUACGGGACAAUGUGUAUGCAGCGCCUCUUCUGGAAAUGAGUUGGGUAGUCAGGUUUAAGCUUUACAGUUGGCAUUUGACUGGAUGAUUUCAGCAUAAAAUUACUUCUAUUUCUUGCUUCCAUGUUGGAUGCUUAUUUUUUUAAUUAUACGAGUCUAUGGUAAAGUGAAUCUUUGAAGAUGUCCAUGUAAUAGUAUAGGAACAUAAGGAGAAAUUCCAAACACUUAAAUUUCUUAAAUUACUUAUAAAUUCGAUAUGUUUAAUUUUUUUAAUUUCCUCAAUAUUUUGUUAUUGUCAUAUGCUUUCUCCUGGCUAGACUUUGAUUCAGAUGGUACAGGAGAUGGACGGACAAAAUCACUGUGUUAUUUGCAGCAUCUAAUCCAUGUGCUCUCAUAAUUCUAGUUCCUUAACCAUCUUUCCAUAUUUCAUGUCAACAAUGGCUUGCUUAUGUAGAAACUAUUGUCAAGGCUUAUGCUCAGGUAUUGAUAAUUGCUUGUGCAACCUUUUCGCCUUUCUAAUACAUUGAAUGUGCACUAGCAUAAUGCUGGGUGAUUUU